AUGUGGCAGCGUCAUCGGCGUUGCUCUUCGCGGGAACUUCGCACGCGAUACUGCAGAGACCAUCAAUACUGGUACGUUCGUCAUUUAUCCGUAGUUUUUACUUUGUUUUCUCGUCUGUGCGCGCGUGUGUGUGUGUGUGCUGAUUCACACGAAUUGAGAAGCGCCUUAACAAUUUCUCUCCUUCUCAAAAUCCAAACCAACUCAUCACCUGUAUUUAAUAUUCUCUCUUUCCUCCCUUCCAACGAUCAUCAACGACAGUCGAUAUUGUUUCUGUUUGUAUUCGCGGCAGAAAGGAUCACCGGGUCCCAGAACAGAGUGCUAACGCAAGAAAUCGUCCGCACGAGGCGACAGAUAAUAUGGUGGGCAGCGUUGGGACUGGCCAUUUUUGGAAUGCUAGGCGAGCUCGUCGUACAGACUUCCUUCAUAGCAUUUAAAACCAAUUCAAAAUGGCACGAAGAGCUCAUGCGAGUGCUCGGUUUUGUGAAACUGCGUUCGGUUUUAGAGUACGUGAUGGAAUUCGUGCCUCUCUUCCUCGUGGCCAUAUCAGCUGCGGGGAAAUUACACUUGAGUCGGGAGCGAGAAUUGGCCUUACUCGGUGGCAUCGACGCGGAGGAAGACGGGGUGGUUUUGGUCGACCCUUUUUUUCUGCGUGAUAGAGCAUUAAUUCGAUGCGCAUUUACCGCUGGUAUUGCUGCAGCGGCAGUACCAUCUAUAACUGGAAUACCUUACUUUCUCUUCGCAGCUAUAUUUCUUACGAGCUGGGGACUUUUGGACAAGCGAAAGCUGGUACGACCGCCGGCGUUUAUUUUGGUUGUAGCGAUGGCAUACGCUUGCGUGCACUUUAUGCUCAUCGUGUGUUAUCAGCUCCCUCAAUUGCACGAUAGUGCAAAUAAAACUUUCGCUUCUUGGAUAGGUUUGUAUAUCAUGGAUGGUAGUGAUGGGCCAGUUAUUCGAGGUAUGCGAUUGUUACAGUUAUUUACAAUCGCAGGUUUCUUUUCUUCCGUGUGCGAAGCAUCCGCGAAUGAAGAUAUCGUGGACGAGGUACAGUAUAAUCAGGAUGGGUCCAUUACCGAAGGCUUGGACGAUAUUGACGAGCCCCUAAUUUCGCACAUGCGAAGUUCUGAUCGAGAAACGAGCGAGGCGACUCUUGAAGAUCCCGGCGUACAAGUUCGGCUCUUGGCAAAGUUUUCCGGGGUCAUCUCUGCAUGUGCGAUCAUACUUUCUGCCAUAACAGCUCCCUCUGCAUUAGCGUUUCCGAUACUGCUCUUCUCUCUGAUGUCCGUGUUAUAUCCGCCCACGCACAGAGAGUUUUCAAAGUUGCUCGCGCCUUCGGCUCUGAUUUACGUCGCAUUGUGGUCCUUCGUCGAAUUCAUUGUGCAAGCGAUUCCAGAAACCGAUAACAACAGUUUCUUCCUCGUUUUAGGACUAUCGAGACAAGAAAAUGAUUGGAUUGGGUCUUUAAGGAUGGGUUCUGUCUUUACCGGGAUGACAAUUUUAGCGUAUUUCAGCCGAUUGGCGAGAGGAACCCCUAACGAAACUGCGUUGCAAGCAGCGGCGAGCAUGCAAGAGGAAUCGCUUCCAUCUUCUUUUGUUUUUGUGAAUGCAGAGUACGAUAACGUCGAUUACGACUUUGAUGAAGAUGGGUUCACGCCUUCAGAGAGCGGAUGGGCUGGUGUUGCAGCCAGUUUCGCUUCGAAGCUCCUCAUCCCGCUCCUUCUUUGGCUCGUGGCAUUAUCCAGGGACGAUAUCAUCCACGCUGGUUUAUUUUGCUUAUUCUUACUUACAAUAGCUAAACCUGGUAAAACGAGCAUUUUGAUAUUUACUUCGAGAAUUAUGGCAAUGCUCAUCGCGUGCAUGUAUUUGUGGUCUCUAGACACCUUACCGGCGCUUCUGGGUAGACGCAGGUUUUCAAAAUUUGAAGAUUUCCUGAAAAUUAUUGGACUUUGGAAUGAAGAUGUUGUUAGAUCGAUGUGGCCAAUGGCGUUAGUGUUGUUUGUAGAUGUAGCUGUGAUUCACAUGCCGGGAAUUAUUCGUGCUUUGUCGCAUUUAUUCCCGGGCGCUGAGGAUGGAGAAAUGGACCCGUCAUCGAAUAAUCCGAGCGCUCCCGCUAAUAUAGAUGAUGAAAGCAGUAUGAACAGUCGUCGUAAAAGGGUACAAGCACUCCCAAAAAUCAAAUUAUUAAUUAGUGCAAUCCUCUCAGAAUUCUGGAUAUCGUCGAAGAGAGUCUUGAAUUUUACUGGAGCGUACUCGGUUUUGAUUAUUGGUUUAUUCACUGUGCUUACGAAUGAAUGCUCGCUUUUGAAUUUAGCCCUUCUUUUAUUUCUCGGAGGAGCGCUCGUAGUACCUUUUGACACAAUUGAAGAUAGAAAUAGAAGAUCCGUGCGGUGGGGCGCAUUGUUCACUUUUGCUUUAGCUAAUUUAGCCGUGAGAUAUGCAUUUGGAGCAUUUCCAUUAGCACGAUGGGUCGGGAUGAAUUCUGAGGCGCAAGACUUCUUGGCAAAUAAUGUUGGAUUAGAACCAAACUUACCCAGAAACAAAUUAAUGACGUCCUUAUUAGGGCCUAGCUUGUUACUAAUCGCUACGCAUUUCCACAGGAUCGGAUUGUUGCGCAAUGAGCCAACGAGUCUAUUAUCGGCGGGACGGGAAAGUGAUCAGCCGAUUCGAUUGGUCAUCGCCGGUACUCAAAAAGGCCGCAUUCCGAUGAUAAAACGCAUAUGUAUUUUACACUGCGAUAAAUUUUUGACGCUAGUUGCUUUAGGGUUCUCCUUUCAGCGUGGAGUUGAUAUCAUUGGGGGCUUGAUGCUUUUUGCUUUGAUGUGUACUUUAUUCUCGCCGAAAUUGGCAAGAACGAGUGAAAUUUUGGGUGCUGUUGCAAUACUUUCGGCCCUUUUGGAAUACACUUACAACAUUGAUUGGAUACACAGAGCGCUCAGCGAUAGUGAAGAUACAAUGUCUUGGAUUGGAGCGCAAUAUUAUCCAUUACGAGAAGUUGAUCCAAUGAAAGAAGAAGCAAUAUGGCCGCGAAACGAAAGAAUGCUACUUUGGCCCGUUUUUGUUUUGGUUGCUGUAGAAUUUUGCCGAAUUUCUAGAAAUUGGCUCGUUAAGUUACCACCAGCCUUGAAAUCAGGUUGUGCACCAGAACUGUGCCAUUUGUUUUGGCCACCGCGGAAUCCAGAGGCGAGAAGUGCAGCUCUGAAGCGAUCCACCAUAACUAAGAGGACCCCUUUUCGAAGGAUGGACUCUAUUCCCGACGACCACGAGCUCGUAUCUGAAGAUGUAAAUUCAGAAGAUGGAACAUCCACUACGACUUAUUCAGAAACUUACUUAUCGGGCGAUAGAUCAGAGUCGUUAAGAGCAAGAGCUAAGCGGCUGUUGUUUCAGAAAGCGAGAACAUCGAUCGACCAGUUGAAUUCUCUCUUCUUCAUUUUACCUGAGUUCGUGGAAGGGGCAUUGGCGUUAUUGAUGCCUGGUCUAGCGUAUGUAGUUUUUGGUACCGUCGGUAUUGCGUCUGGUAAUGUUCUUUCACUCGUUUACUUGGGCUUAAUGCUCCAAAUGAUGGAGAAAGAGCAAGUAUUCACCGCACCGAGCAAUCGAUUGAAAGUAUGGAAAUUAGUAUCCUUCGUCUGUGGCGUAGCGCUAUUCUGGCAGUACAUAGCAUCCAUGGGAGAAUAUCCCAAAGAUAACGGAAAAGACGACUUCUCUGAAAUGCCACAAACCCCUCCAUCUCCAAGUGGUAAUAAUAGCAGCAGCGAUGAUGCUGCUCUCGGAAAAUCUGAGCGCGAGUAUGAAACAGAUGAGUUACUUGUUUGGUUUGGUCUGGUGAAACGCUCUAAAUACAUGUUGCUCGGACAUUUUCUUGCCUUCUUUGUAGCUGCGUGUCAACUCAGAAUGGACUCUGUAUUAGCUUCUAUGGAAGAACGCGCAAGAACUGCUGUCAUUGCGGAAAAUCCAGAUCUUGAAGAACAUCAGAUUACAGAAGCGGCAACUUUGAUGCUUCCAAGAAGAACGCCAACGCAGUUGGCGUUACUUCCGAGACGCCCCGGUGAUCCCACUCUAAAAAUAUUCUCAGCUCUGACGUGGGAAGCAACAUCGAAUUGGACGAUACUAGAUUGGACGAGAUAUUACAUUGUGCGUUACUCUAGAGAGGCUGCUUUUAUCCUCGUCAUCGUAGCUGGCACGUGUAUGAAUGACGUCAUCCACGCCGGGUACCUGAUUCUCUCCGUCAGUAUACUUAAAAAUCGAACGUGGGAUAGAGUAGAUGAGCUGCUCGUUUGGAUGAAAAGAUACAAUUUACUGAUAAUGGGAUCUGUCCUGGCAUAUCAAGCUCCAUUUGAGAGUCUUGUGGGUGUUUGGUUUGCAAAUCGUGAAAACACUCUGUGCUCUUUGUUGCACCUGAUUGGAUUUUAUCGCGUAGAUUCUGUUCUUGGUUUUGACGCCGGACAGCUUGGACCAGAUCUAUUCAUUUUCGCGACCAUGUCCUGUUUGCGAUAUCUUAUCAGUUCUCACGAGUAUGCUGCCGUGUUAGAGAUGGAUCGUCAGGCACGUUCGAGAACUAAAACAGGUGAUAAGGCGGAAACGUGGAAACGGGUAAGAAAGUAUUAUUUACAGUGUCUUAAGGCUAUGCGAGAGCGAGAAGAUAGACAUAAACGCGUCGAAGAGAUUCGCAAUGACAUUCAGAACCUUUCGCUUGAAGUUGUACGUCUAGAAAAUAUGCAGCAAAAGGAUAGAUCGUCAGAAGCCGUUAAACAAAGCAAAGAUGAAGACAACGGUGACGGCGAGGAUGACAGAUCUGUAAAAACACCGAGUAUCUCUGAAUCAAAGCUUCGUCAUCGCAAAGUUGCCGGUGCCAGACCUAAGAUUGAUGACUGGGUUGAAGAACAAGCCAAAACACCGCCUCGAGAAACGCCGUGGGAAGGCAUCGAUAGAUCAUUCGCAGGCUCAGACACUAUUCAAGAUUCUGAGACGUAUGCCGGCGGUGGCGGUGAAAGCGUGGCGAGUGAUGUGAAGGAAGAUGCAAAUAACGAAGAUGAGGAAAAACUCGAAGACUUGGUUGAUGAAUUCAUCAGAGGCGAUAGAAGAUCUGUCUUUGGCUUCAUAGUCGCAGGAAUAAUUGAUAUUUGGCCUUGGGUAAGCGCACCAGAAAGUUCUCUGGUGUACUUUUUCUAUUUUCUCGCAUUCGCGAUGAAUUUUUCUUUAAUUACAGUGGUCUAUCCAACUUCUUUGGUUUGCGCAGCUUUGAUAGCAUCACCGAAACCGGGUCCGAAGUUUUGGAGAUUUAUGCUCCGAUACUCCGAAACUGUCAUCGUAUUGAGCUAUAUUCUAAGCAUUCCAUGCUCGAAAGCGUGCUUUUCGUGGAAGCUUUGCGGCCAGAGCAACAUCAUAGGCGUGCCGGAUUUCUCUCAACCAUUCGUGGUGUCUACUUUACCAUUGUUUUUGGCAUACUUCGCAACGUUACUGCAUUCAUUUGGCCAAGGUGGAGUGUACGAGCUAAAGCCACGUUACGAUACAUGGCUGAGUAGCACAUAUGUGCCUACUGAAGAUGAGAUUGUCGAAAAUUCUGAAAAUAUUUUGGACGAAGCAGUAAUGGAAGAAAUGUCGCCUCGAAGUCGAUAUGGAAUAGGAAGAAGAGGAACGUUACCUGAUUUUGAAAACUUGAGACGUAGCGGAAAUGAUUACAUGUACUCCAGAGACUCAUUCCAAAAUAUCUCGAGAAAUCUGGACACGUUCUUCCAGCGCUUGCUCACGGAUGAAACUGAAUUUGGGCCUUCCUUCUUAUCAAUUUCAAUUUUGGAUACGGAAGAUCAUACCGAGGACGAUUGGACAAAAAUAGGGAACGAUUUGAACUUUGCUCUUUUACAGUUGCAAGACUUCGAGAACGCAAACAACGCUGACUACUACUCGCUCGAUCUCGUCGAGACCGAUGUGAAGGGUACUUUACAUCAAAAAGGGCACCGUACGGCUGUGUUCCAAGUUGUCGCUCCACUGACUAUUUUGACUCCCGCCGCCGAUGCAGCCAAUGGAGUGAAGAAAUUGCAACUCAGGGAAGCAUCGGCUGGUUUACAGGAUAAAGGAGAAAAUGUAAUGCCCGAUUUACCCGGAAUCACUUCCGUGCGGGCAUUUCAUCGCGAACCGGAGAAUUUUUACGGAAUAACUGCCACGGUGGAUAUCAUCGCGGCGUUAUUCGCAUUGUUCUUUUAUCAAUCCAGCAUCGAGGCUGAUCCGCAAGCAUUGAUUGAAACUGUCAGUCAAGGAUUAUUUCCGCAAGAUUAUGUCUUCACGAUGUUCUUUAUUCUGGUCUUAUUACUCGUCGAUGCGGUGAUAUAUCUGAAGAGAGCGAAAGCAGCGAAAGUGUUUUAUCAUUACACCACUUUUGCGUUUUACACCACCGGGCUGCUCAUUUUAUAUCACAAGUCCACGACGUCGAACCAUGAAGCGUUGCGAGUAUUCUUCCUCAUCAAAUGCCUAUCGUUCGCAACGAGCGCUCGGCAGCUACGGUGUGGAUUUCCAGUAGUUGUGAACGAAAGUUUACGAUGGUUAAAAAGGCGCAAUGAGGAGUUUGCCUCGAUUCUGUUUGGAAUUUAUUACUCGAUACCGUUUUUAUACGAGCUCAAAGUUUUGUUAGACUUUGCGUGCACAGCCUCGAGUUUAGAUAUAUUCGAUUGGUUGAAACUCGAAGACAUCAACCGAAGCUUAUUCGAAAUUGAUAUUCGGAAUAAGACGUAUUACAAGCGGUAUCCGUUCGGGAAGCCUCAACCAACGUGGAAAAAAGUAUACUUGGAAGGCGGCGGUCUUUUCGUUCUUUUGUUCGCGGCUUUGGUCGUGCCGUUUUUUGUGUUUUCAACUUCAAAUCCGCAAGUGGGACCAAACCCAGUUUUAGAGACUCGGAUGAACAUCACGUUCGUAUCACCGAGUGGUUCGUCCGCAUUUGAAGUGUUCGCCGGCGGUAAUCGAAGAACCAUUCAAUCCGAGGAGUGGAUGAGCUUGAAUACCGAUUCUGUUACCCCGCCUCCCGUGCGCCACCCGAAUCAAAUUCAGGACGCGUGCUUAUCGCCCGACUCAGAUAAAAUUUGGGCUCUUCCGCCUCCAGCAAUGAAAGACUUUUCGAAUUCUAUCGUUGCUGGGACUGAAAUUCUAACGUAUUGGAAUUUCCGCCGCGCGUUACCUUUGGAUAAUCGAUUAGUAACGGCUGGUGGAAGAUCGGUCGUUUUACAAGAAAGAGAAGCGGAGAAAUUGAGGAAAAUGAUCAGCGGUGAAGAUGAUGAUGCGGUCCUCAUUAAAGGUUUAUAUCCUCGCGUUUGGAGAGUCCUUGGCAAAGGAGAUCCAGUGCUAGAAAUUUCCACCAAUCAAUUCGUCGAUUGCUCGUUUAAAUUGAACGCAUUGAACACUUCUCAACCUUGGUGGAGCGUAGGAUGUGGCGUCAAUGUCAAAUUAAAUUCAGGCGAUAACAUAUUUUGGGAGCAGUGUAAAGAUACCGGUUCGGGACCGGAGAUUAUCUUAAUCUCAAGUGAGGUCGCUACCGGUGCGUUUGCGCAGUUUUCCAAAAUCGUAGGUGGUCUUACCGGCAUGUAUGUUGCGUACAUUUUAGCCAUCGGCACGUUCAUUCGAGGGAUGACUUCAAAUUUAGUCACGAAAAUUCCACACCAAGAUUUGCCGUGUACCAGGCGUUUGACCGCCUUGUGUGAAGAUAUAUACGUCAUGCGUAACGCAGGAGAACACUUAUUGGAAGAGCGUCUGUAUUGGCUCUUGAUUAGAAUCUAUAGAAGUCCUACGGUCUUGUUUGAGUUUACGAGAACGGAAAGAGGCGACGCGGAACCAGAAAGACCGCAAAGACGAUUCAUCGAGCAUUAG